AUGACAGUCGAUAAGAUCCAAGUCUCGGGUGAUUCCCGCAUCGAGUACAAGACUGCCAACCUCAAUGGCCGUACUUACGCUUACCUCCUCAGCCAACCCAAGUCAGGGCAGUACAAAGCUACAAUUUUCCUGAUCCAUGGCUUCCCCGACAUCUCCAUGGGGUGGCGGUAUCAAAUCCCCAUGCUCGUCAAUAUGGGUCUACGCGUAGUAGCUCCAGAUUGCCUCGGAUACGGACGAACAGUAUGGUCUCACCUCCCUUCUCUACCUCAACUUAACUCACAAGACCAGGACGCACCAGAUGACUUCAGCCCCUACUCGCACAAAAGCUGCGCAGCGGAUAUCAAAGCCCUGGCUACACAGCUAGGUGAGAGGACAAUUAUUCUCGGUGGACAUGACUGGGGCGCCGCGUUCGCCUACCGCAUCGCAAUGUGGUAUCCGGAUCUGGUGAGCCAUCUGUUCACCGUCUGUGUACCGUAUGCGCGCCCAAUGAAAGAGAAUAUCUCCCUCGAAAGCCUGGUGCAGAAUGCUGCACCGCAUUUUGCGUACCAGCUGCAGUUCAAGAGCGGGGAGUUGGAGAAGGUGAUUCGAUCCAAGGCCGAGAUUCGUCAGUUCCUGCUUGCACUGUAUGGCGGACGUACGGAAGGUGGGGAGGUUGGAUUUGAUGCGCACAAGGGUGUGUUGGUGGACAAGAUUGGUGGGCUGAAGCCUUCGAGACUUCUGAGUGAAGAGGAGCUGGAGUAUUAUACAAAUGAGUUUGCUAGGAGUGGUGUUCAUGGUCCACUGAAUUGGUAUCGCACCCGCGAGGUGAAUCACAGAGAGGAGCUUGAGAUCCUUGAUAGGCAGAUCCAGAUCCCUACGCUGUUUAUUCAGGCCUUGAGGGAUCAGGCUCUGCCGCCGCACCUUGGGAAGUCGAUGGCAAAGCAUAUUCCGAAUCUCACUCUGAAACAGGUCAAUACUUCGCACUGGGCACUGUGGGAGAAGCCACAGGAGGUUAAUGAUAUCAUCUCGGGCUGGCUGAAGGAGAAAGCUUUUGCUGGAAGAGAUGGAAAGCUCUGA